AUGAUACUCGAUAGAAAAAAUUGGUCCUCAAGAAAAUAUUUAAAAAAAAUUAAAUCUACAGAAAUAAUAAUAAAACGUAAGUCUAUGGACAACGUUACAAAAUCAAAAAUAAUUUCAGAAUGUGAAAAUGUAGCAAGAAUAUUCUCACCCAAGAAGAUUGGAACACCAAAGCGUGUAAUUCAAUUAAUGUCACCUAAUGGAUAUGUUGAGAUUACUCCAAAGCAGAAAAAGGCUAAAUAUUAUAGCUCAAGAAGAAUUGAUUUUUUGUCUAAAUAA